GUUCAGUCCCAGCCUGCAUUCCUGUAGAUGUCCUCCAGCUCCUCGACAUUCUGCUGUUCCUGUUCUCCAACCUCAAGCUUUGUUGUCCUGCUGUUCCUGUACAGAGGGGACUAUGACGGGGAGAAUGUUGGUGGUGCUGACUGCCCUGCUGACUGCCCCUCUGACGGCUGGGACGGGAGCUGAGCAGCUUCCCAGCAGCUCUCUGGAGCUCCACUCUGAGGUAGACGUAGCCCAGCUGUUGGUGUUGGAGGAGACAGACGUUGUCAUGGCUACAGGGAAUUUGAACCCGAGUCAUUACCCUGCCCAGCGGGCAGCCAAGGUGGUUCAGCACUACCUCAUCACCCGCUACGGAACCCCCCACAGAGUCAUCACGCUGGAGAGGGUUCACAAGGCCAGCGCUGAGGAAGUGGCAGAGCUGGGCAGGAAGUACCACCUGGAGCUCUCAGUCCAAGAGACAAUCACCAACCGGACAGAGAGCGUCUCUGCGGAGGUGGUGUUCCCGGGAGGAGAAGGCAAGGCCGCCCCCCUGGUCCAGGCCACCUGUGACGGGCUGCUUCAAAUUAACACCCAAGUUCUAGAUGAGGCCUUCUACCAGAAGCACAGAGCCAGCAAUAUGCUGGUGUCAGCAGAAAACAUACCAGACAGCUACGGGUACGUGGACCCCAGCAUGGAGGCGCUGUGGAACCUGGGGAAGGUGGUGUCCAGUGAGGUCAUGCUGAGGGAGUCCAAUGAGAGCACUCUGUACAACCUGGCCCAGGUGGCCAGUGUCACACAGCUGGAGACUGAGAACGCCCAGCUGAGGUUCCAGUAUCAGGUUUUGCUGCAUGAGAUGGUUUCCCAGGAGAUUAUAACCUGGAAGCUGCUGGUCAGCUGGUCACCAGCAGAGGGCGUCAGAGUGUUGGAGACAGAGUGGAUCCCCAAGUGUGAACAUUGUGUGACCCCUCCCAAUCACUAGAAGUAGAGAUUCCUCCAUCCAUCACCUCCUAUUCUUCCCUACCUCACCUCCCUCACAACAAUUAGUUUCCUCCCACCUCCUCUCCCUCCCUCACCUCCUCUCCCCCUGUCUCCCUCCCCCCUAACCUUGUUUCCCUCCCAUACCUCCAAAUCACUAAGGAUGUUCACAGUGCAAUGUUUUUCAGCUGGGCGACACAGUUCUCAUGUCUCCUCUGAGAUGUAACUGGGAUAUAAAUUCAGGCAGCACGUUUGACAGUUAGCUGUAGUCAUGCUGAGUGAUACAAUUACAGCAUAAAUGCAAUGCCUGCUUUUGUUUGAAGCCUGAGACUACAAUCUAAGCACUGUACAA